GUUCAAAAUUUAACGAUGCCCUCAAUCCGCGUCAAACAGCUUUCCACCAAUCAGCGCUCACUAUUUACCUCACCCUCCCACUAUAUAAACAUUCCUCCACAUCUGUUGCUUCUCACAUAUGCGUUUCUUCCUCUGAAGUCUCUUAAAAUUUCCCAGUUGAAUCUUGACUCGCUGAGUUGCCUCACCAUGGCCACCGCUGCAGACUCGGUCGCUCACGCCAAGCAGAACAAAUCCAAAAAGUCCUCUGGCGCAAGCAAGCCCAAAUCCCCUCCUUCCCACCCUCCUUUCCUCGAGAUGAUUACCGACGCGAUUGUGAUUCUGAAGGAAAAGACGGGUUCGAGCCAGUACGCUAUCACGAAGAUCAUUGAGGGAAAGCACAAGGAGUUGCCGUCGAGCUUUCGGAAGCUCUUGCUUUUCCACCUGAAGAAGCAUGUGGCUUCUGGUAAGCUCGUCAAGGUCAAGAACUCCUACAAGCUGCCUCCGACUCGUUCUGCUCCGGUCAAGGCGGCCACCACCAAGCCCAAGCCGAAGAAGCCGGAAGCUGCAGCGAAAACGAAGACGCUUGCAGCCGCUAAGCCAAAGCCAAAGCCGAAAGCCGCUGCGAAACCUAAGACGAAGGCUGUUGCUGUGAAGCCGAAGGCGAAGGUUGCAGCCAAGCCGAAAGCGGCCGCGAAGCCCAAGGCGGCUGUGAAGGCAAAGCCGGCUAAGGUGGCGAGGACGUCCACGAGGACGUCGCCGGGGAAGAAGGCGGCGCCGGCGAGAAAGCCGGUGGCCAAGCCGAAGAGCUUGAAGUCUCCGGCGAAGAAAGCUGCGAAGCCGAAGAGCGUAAAGUCGCCGGCGAAGAAAAAGACUCCGGCGAAGAAGACGAAGAAGUAGAAGACUCAAGAUUUUAGAGUAAUGGCAGUCUUGUAUAUUUGUCGGUGUAGUAAGGGUAGUUUAAUAUCAGGAAAAGAAAAUGAUAGGUUUAAUUAAUACGCAGCUAAUCUUUUUAUUUGUUUGUUUUUUUUUUUUUCGGGUUUUUGGUUUUUUGAACGGUUUUUAUUUUAGUAUAUCUUUUGGUUGUAGAAUGCUUGUAAUUGAUUUAGAAGUAAUCUCCCAGUCUUCUUUUGUUGAGCA